CAGUGAUCAAACCCGCAACCUCAUGGUUCCUAGUCAGAUUCAUUAACCCCUGAGCCACGAUGGGAACUCCAACCACAUAUUUAUUGACUUCUAUCUCAAGGACUUGAACCCAGGCCUGCUAGACUUGAAAGCUGGUGCUCUUCGCUGUGGAAUACGCUGUCCCCCAGUGCACAGUCAACUCCUGAUGCUCUUUAAAGCAUCACUGUAACCUAGACACCAGCUGUUCCCUGCAAACAUGACCGAAAUCCUGGUCCCCCCAUCAGCGCUCAUCAUAAGCAUAGGCACAGGUCAAAAGGCUGGGGCGCCACAGUGGCUGGCACUCGGGGUAGGACACACCCCUGAGCCCCGCCUUCCACACAGAGGCUGGGACCCCUCCCGUGUCCAUUUCACUCGAGAAAACACACUGGCAGACAAGUGAGGAUGGAAACACCUGGAGAUAACCCGGGAUGUGCUGUAAAGUGGGUUUGAGAGGGUAAAUCAUUCAGGCUGUCGGGCCCAGCUGGCCAAAGACACAGGGCGGGAUGUCACAUGGUGAGUAAAGGUCUGAAGGAGCCUCCGCCGCCACCGGGAGGGACAGAUUCCACCCUUGCCUUGCCAGCGUGGGUGCUGCGCGGAGGGCGGCGGGGAGGGCACGGGUGGGGUCAGGCCCGGAAGCGGAAGCGCCGGAGUUUUGGGAAGGGGGUGGGCCCCUCUCGGCCACGGUCGGUCGGCUCCUGGGCCUCGACGCCCCCAUCCGCCCCCAUCCGAGAAGACGGGCGUGGGUGCCGGGGACGUGGGAGCUGCUGUGUGGUGACGGGCCCGGCCCACGGCCCGUGCGCCCUCCGCUCUCUGGACGCCUCCUCCGCCCGCAGCUCCCAGCCCGGAGCGCCUCCUGGGACCGGACUGCAGGGCCGCCGAGGCCGGCGGUGUGGGGAAGAAGGCAGGCAGAAGCCGUGGCCCGGGCGGGGCGGAGGCCCCCGCGGCAGCCGGAGACGUGGACGAAACUGUGCCCGGCGUCUUGCCGUGGGUUCGCGAGUCGAAUCUGCUUUACUGUUCUUCCAAAGAGCCAUCUUCACGUCCGGUUCAGUGGCGCCCUACACACUCACACCGCUGUGCAGCCGCCCCGCUCUCACUGGCACGUCCCGCUCGGAAACUCAGUCCCGGUUAAACGCCACCGUCCUGCUCUCCCGGCCCCCGGGCCCCGCCCCCCGUCUCUGUGCACCUGGCUGCUUUCGGCACCUCAGUCGAUUUCCGACCAGAGGCCUAUCGGGCUGUCAACAGAAAGAGUGGACACAGAGGGACCCGGCUUGGGUCCUGUCUCUGCCUUUCCUGGUUGUGUGGUUUUGGACAGUUGACCUAAGGAACCUGAGUAAAAGCGAGUCACGAUUUAUCUCAUGAAGCUGCAAGCACAGGCGCCCGGCCCAGCGCCUGACACGCACACAGGGGGCGAGGGCUGGCUGCUGCUCUCUCCCAGCCUGAGGAAACGGGGGCUCAGGCCAGGCGGCCUCAGGAUAGGCAGGUCGCGUCCCUGUCAUGCUGCCUCCCGGGCUGAUGUUUUCUGUUUCCUGUGAGCAGAAGUCUUGUUGCUACAACGCAAGCUUGGACUAAAUCCCUGACUGCUGUGCUGGCGUGUGAAGGGCUGCUUUGCCUUUUAGAGUAUUUUAAAAUGAGCGAUCUGCUGUGUUCUUUUUUUCCUCUCUCUCUUUUAAAAUGCAGUGCUAACAAAAUAUUUCUGGCUUAGUAAGCGUAAUAUAUUGAGAGAUUUUUAUGAAGAAUUAAUGUAACUUGGAAUCCAAUGAAGACGAAGAAAGCAGUUCUCAUUAAGAUUCCAAAACACGCAACUGCAGUACCAUUUUAUCAUGAGUAGGAUGGCAACCCAGCCAGAGAGCUGGCUUUUCUUGGCCUGAUGCACACUUGGUAUUAUGAUCAUUCAGAGCUGCCCGAGGUUGGUAAGUAAGGGGUGCCCUGGGGCCGUGCGGCAGUGCGGGCUGCACAUAGGGGUCAUCUGGGGGGAUGCUCAGAGUCCCAGUGUCCAGGUGGUGCUGGUAGAUAGGAAACCUGUGGACCUCUGUGCACGAAGCUUGCCUUCCGCAGCCUUGCUACUGUUGCUAGUAGUUAAUAAGCUUCCUCUCCUAAAUCUCCUAUGCAGCCCUUAGCCAGCUGCCAGGGUUUUUUUUUUGUUUGUUUGGUUUUUUUUUUGCUGUUGUUGCCGUUGUUUUUCUGUGUAUGACCGCAGCUGCAGCAUAUGAAGUUUCCAGGCUCAGGGUUGAAUCUG